AUGUCUUACUUUGCUCGCGUAAGAUUUAACGAUUGGAAAGUGGAAGACGCUAUCAAAUACCAUAAAGAAAAAAAUCCUGAUGCUGACAAGUUACCGCUACAAUUGGUUUUGGAUGAUCUUAGCCAUCUAGCGAAAGGUGAUCACAAUGGAAAAGGAGAAGCUGCUUGGAAGUUCUUAAGUACUAUGGAGAAUAUUCUGAAAGCUCAAUCAUGUCAAGUAACUGGUGGCAACAUCUCAGUCGGCAAUAUCUCUAGUUCAGUUACGCAAAUUGGCAACACCGUGCAAGUACCAGAAGGCAGCAACAUUAACGUUAACGUGAAGUUAAAGAUUUUGCCUAUUCUCUACCCCCGGUGGUCGUCAACCAUCGAUAUGGACGUCGAAGAACCCUUCCCUUGUGAUUUGUCGCCAAUCAUCUCCAACAUUUACUCCCCCAAGGAACCUGAAGGCUUGGACGACUCUUUUUGGAUGAUUGGUGACUUUGAUGUGGUUUCUGAAUUAAAGACGUUUUGGGAAGUAUCAUCACAUUUAGCUAUGACACAAGGAAACAUCAGUGAUACUCGUAUCUUGGCCCUACACCGUAUUUUCCCGUUUCUCAUCAAUCAAAAAGACUCCAUCACUAUGUAUAUUGACCAUCAUGAUGAAAUUUUCAAUGAACUCAAGAUGCUUACUUUUGGAUGUCCGUCGUUGGAGGACAUCCUGACAUAA